CCUGAAGCCUGAACGAGAGCACUGCGAAGGAAAUACCGGUAUCAUACAGCUUUCUCAAUAGACGCACCGUGAUAUUCUGACAACCAUCAUCAGCCGUGAAAUACGCACCCUGUUCCUUUCAGUCCUUCCAACACCAUAUCUCUAUCUCGUAACCAAAGUUACCAAACGUUCAAGUUCAAGCUCCCAAAAAUGCCACCUCCACCCCCAGAACCCGAGAUAGACGCAGAAGACGGGACAACGUCAUGCUGCGCACCACUAACUCCCCUCCGCCAGCCAGUUGAUGUUGCCGAGAUGAGAGACCGUGGACUCCUCACCAAUGCGUUCUGCCUCCCACCCCUAUUCGGCCCGCUGCUGUUGGACAAUGAACAGAGCGACUGCCGGGACCACUGCACCAACGAACGAACCUUCCUCUCCUACCUGCGCCUCUCCAUCUACAUGUCCAUCGUCGCGGUAGCCAUUGUGCUCUCUUUCCACCUGCGCAAGACGGCCUCCGACAUUGAGUUGCGCAUGGCCAAGCCGCUCGGGGCUAUCUUCUGGGCGCUCUCGGUGUGCUGUUUGGGUGUAGGGGUGGCUAACUACACCAGAACCAUCAACCAGUAUAGCCGCCGAGCAGCGAUUGUGCAGAGCGGGUGGAGGACGCAAGCCGUCAUGGCAGCGAUAGCGCUGUGUAUUGUUGGGUCGUGUGUGACGCUCUUGGUUAUCAACAAACUGAACGAGAAUGCCGAUGUAUGAUUCGGCAUCCCGUCCAUGAUAUUUUCGCUUCAACGUACUAGAUAUGUACAGUACACCUGGGAAAUCCAGAUCCCCUAGUCCUGAGCUGCUUCCGUGAAUAUGGACAUAUCGUACAAGAAAACCAGUAGAACACAGGGCGAUACGACGCGGCCGACCCGACAAGAAAACCAUACCAUACAGCAUCCCACAACUGGUAACCUAAUCCUUCAUAAUUCAUCUUUCAAGCAGAACAAAUCCGCCAUAGUUGUCUUCGGCACGAGGUCCUCGGGCCUCAGCGCUUCGCAUCCCCCCACCGCACUUCUGAAUGCACUCGCGUACCCGGCAGCGACAUUGUCCAGAUCGUGGAGGUCGCUUGACCUUCCAUCCCAAAGCAAAAGCGGCAUCCGGUUGAACGGGGG